CAGAUAGUCAUCUAGUCGCCGCUGUUAUUAAAGGAUCAAGUGCCAGCAUGCCAUAGUUCAUAGACAGCGUCAUCACCCUCUGCUUGAAAGCUUCAAGUAUGAAGGCUCAGACUGAAGAGAAACAAAUUUCGCAACAUCUUGUUUUGAAACAUGGUCAAAAACGGGUCAUAGUUAAACGGCAAAGGUCGUAUAAUCUCGUGCUUGACUCCGCCUGUAAACAUUUCCCAAGCAUUUCGAGAGAUGAGGUCACGUUUCAGACCAAUCAACUUGAUGUUUGCGAUGGCCACUAUGUGGACAUCACGGCUGAAAUAUGGGACGAUGCCGUCGACUUGCUUAACAUUGUUGAGGUGACUCGACGUGCGGAAAGCAUAUCAUCCGUCCCACUGCCUAAUAUUUCAUUGCCUAACAAUCAACCGGGGCCAAGUCAGUUUAACGAACAGUAUAGCUCGAACGAUGGCAACGUCACAAUCAAACUUGUUUUUCCAUCUGGCGAGAUCCAGACCGCUAAAAUCUCGAGGUGGCCAAACUUGUUGCUGAUGCUAAUUAAGUAUUGGGACAACGUCCCACUCCUGUCAGGGCAGUUUUGGUUAGGGUGUUUGAUGGGUUUAUGUGGGGUAAUAAUGCAUGCGAAUCGGCGUAUCAGAUCGUACACCAUGGAGGAUUGUGACUGUUUUCCAGUCUAUGAAGAUGGGCCGUUUGUCAGAAAGCCAGUCAUUUAUUUAUACUCGCCUUCCGAAAUCGAUGUUUCUGUCACACUCUCCCUCAUUCCUGAGUGGAGCCUCUCUGUCAUCUAUCCCGUUGUUGCCAUAGAAGACCACGGACAACGUUUAGAAUGGAACGUUCGCACCCAUCAAGAUGGGAGUCUGACUGAACAUUAUUCUGGUUUAGAUGUGUCGUACUUGUUCUGGGAGGCAGAGCUAAAUUUGCAAGCAUUUCCCCAAUCAUCAGCAUCCAAACCGCAACUAGUGGAUACAUUCAAUCCAAUCUCCAGCACUCUCUAUGAUACGGAUUCAAUUGUUAUUCCAGCGGACAAAGUAACAGUUUACCUCGAUAAAUCACUCAAGGUUUUGGGACUUCACACCGAAGCUAGAACAUCAUUCAUAACCUACUGGCUACCAUACAUCCUUAAGCACGAAUACAUCGCCCUCCGAUUUGUCCGUCAAGCGGCAUACGAACGUACCGCUUCUUUACACAUUUCUCCGCAGCCUGACGUCGUGACUCGCGUAUGCAUGUUGUUCAAAGGUAUCCGUCAGGAGCACUUGGCAAAUUGGGCUAAUGCACAAAUGCGAGCCGAGAAAGACGUUGACUGGUGGGUAGAUGUAGUUGGAGUUGACCCUGCAAGAGCUAGUGAUGUGACUUUGUUCAGGGUGUUAGAAUGGGGCGGGAUGGAGGUUCCCAUUUAAUAUUUUAU